AUGAAGUUCGACAUUUCUCCCGCCCGAGCCGCCGCGCUCGUCGCUCUCAUUGCGAGCGUGGAGGCCGCCCACCACGGUCAUCUCCAUGCCCGCCACCACGAAGCCCGUACCGUCCCGGAGAGUACUACUCUUCAGAAGAAGAGUGGACAGUGCCAGUUCCCGUCCGAUGCGGGAUUGGUCUCGAUUACUCCCAAUGAAGAGAACGCCGGAUGGGCCAUGAGCCCCAAUCAGCCCUGUAAGCCCGGCAACUACUGCCCCUACGCCUGCCCGGCUGGUCAAGUGUCCAUGCAGUGGGAUCCAGAGGCUACCUCCUACACCUACCCCAUGUCCAUGAACGGCGGUCUGUACUGUGACGAAAACGGUGACAUCCAAAAGCCCUUCCCCAGCAAGCCCUACUGUGAGGAUGGAACUGGUGUGGUCUCGGCUCACAACAAGGCUGGCAAGGCCGUGUCCUUCUGCCAGACUGUGCUUCCUGGAAAUGAGGCCAUGCUGAUCCCGACUCUGGUCGAGGAGCUGGCUACUCUGGCUGUUCCAGGUAUGUCUUACUGGUGCGCUACUGCUGCCCAGUACUACAUCAACGCCCCUGGUGUUACUGUUGAGGAGGGCUGUAUCUGGGGUACCAGCGCCAACCCCGUGGGUAACUGGUCUCCUUACACCGCCGGUGCCAACACCGAUGGUGAGGGUAACACUUAUGUGAAGAUCGGCUGGAACCCCAUCUACCUGGAACCUACCACUCCCUUCCGUGACGUCAAGCCUGAGUUCGGUAUCGAGAUCGAGUGUGAUGGCGACGACUGCAACGGCUUGCCUUGCCGUAUCGACCCCUCCACCAUGGGUGUGAACGAGAUGAGCGCUCCCGAUGUCUUCACUGGUGCCGGUGGUGCGACUGGCUGUGUUGUUACUGCUUCCAACGGCUCCAAGGCCAGAAUUGUUGUCUUCGACAUUGAGGGCAGUGGUUCCAGCUCGAGCGAGACUGUAUCCGUUUCCACCAGCACUGUUGCUCCUUCAAGCACCAGCUCCAGCAUCUCCAGCAGCACCUCCACUUCUACUCCCACUCCUACUCCGACUUCCACUAGCACCACCGAGACCCCCACCUCGACUAGCACUUCGGUCUCGACUUCUACUCCCUCGACUACCUCGACCUCCACUUCUACUCACACUUCGAUCCCCACAUCUACUCUCACCCGCCCCACUCACCAGAGCUCCAGCACUAGACUGCCCAAGUCUAGCCCUAGCAUGAGCUACACCUACCGCCCGCAAGUGUUCAACCCCACCGGUGCUGCCGAGAUCUCUUCCACCGGAUCUACCACCGGUGCUGCUGCUGCCGCCUCCACCUCGGCCGGUUCCAACGGUGCCUCCAGCGCUGCUGUCUCCAUGAUCAGCCUGGUCUUUGGUGCCGUGGCCGCUUUCGCCAUCAACUUUUAA